AUGAGUGAGCAGGAAAAUGCAAUCAAGCUCUUCCAGCAGCGUAGAGAUGACCUUUCAGCUGAUAUCUUGACACCUCAGAGCAUAGAUAAAACACCAGAGACUGUCCGAAAACAGGUCGAAGCUCAUUUCUUGAGACCACCCACAAAAUUUAAUGACUCGCUUUUGCAGCAGCUACAAUCGGUCUGGUCUUAUGAACCUACAUCUCUUGACCUCUUCCAUAUCCCAGAUCUGUCUCUUAAGCGGACACUCAAGUUCAAAAGACGUGGACUCAGUGGCGAGAUUGUCGGGCAUGAAGAAAAGCUAGAACCUAUCAAUAGUCUCAGACCUGACAACAGUUCAUCUUUUCGACGAGAACCAGCUCCAAGAGAUGCAUUCGUACGGGGCAAAGGCAACUUCUUUCCCUUUGCGCCUGGUGGCCUUGCAAUUGAUGCGACAAUCAGUAAGCAGUUAGACAAUGCCGAAAAGCUUGCUCAACUAUCCAUCAAUGAUCUCAGCUAUAGAAACCAAGCUCCCGGCAUGCCAACCACACCGGAGCCCGAGACCUCGGCAGUUGAAGAGGUGGAUGACUUCUUACCAGCAGAAAUCACAAUGCCGACACUGCAGCCAGCGACGCGGAUCAGGAAGCCCAAGGAAAAGUUGUGGGCGCACAUGGUCGAUGUCAACCGACCGAUGGACAAUUUCCGGGAAUUGGUGCCAGAGUUGGCGUAUGAGCAUCCCUUUGAGCUCGAUACCUUUCAGAAAGAGGCAGUGUAUCACCUGGAGCAGGCAGAGUGCGUCUUUGUGGCGGCACAUACAUCAGCUGGAAAGACUGUUGUGGCAGAGUAUGCCAUUGCGCUUGCAGAGAAGCACAUGACGCGUGCUAUCUACACAUCACCUAUCAAGGCCCUGUCGAAUCAAAAGUAUCGAGAUUUCCGCCAGACUUUUGAUAGUGUCGGUAUUCUUACGGGAGAUGUCCAGCUCAACCCAGAAGCCACCUGCCUCAUCAUGACGACUGAAAUUCUGCGGUCCAUGCUAUACCGUGGAGCUGACCUCAUCCGAGACGUCGAGUUCGUCAUCUUUGAUGAGGUACACUACGUCAAUGAUCAAGAACGUGGUGUCGUUUGGGAGGAAGUCAUCAUCAUGCUGCCUGAGCAUAUUACGCUCAUCUUACUAUCGGCUACUGUACCCAACACCUUUGAGUUUGCCAAUUGGGUUGGCAGAACAAAGCAAAAGGACAUCUAUGUGAUUUCAACAUUGAAGCGUCCUAUUCCACUCGAGCACUAUCUCUAUGCAAACAAAAAGAUGUUCAAGAUUGUUGAUGCAGACAAAAAGUGGAAUGCAAUUGGCUAUAAAGAGGCAACGGGUGCACUUGUGCGAAACAAGGAGGCGAAACCUGUUGUAGCGACAGGUCGUGGACGAGGUGCCAAUCGUGGCUCCGGUCAGGCUCGCGGCGGCGCUGCUACGCGUGGUGGUACUCAGCCUUUCGUUCGGGGUGGUACCAUGAAAACAAUGGAACGGCACGAUCGUAACAUAUGGAUCCACCUGGUUGGACAUCUCAACAAGGCUAAGCUGCUACCCUGUGUCAUCUUUGUCUUUAGCAAAAAGCGAUGCGAGGAGAAUGCUGGCAUUCUCUCCAACAUUGAUCUUUGCACAUCCGUGGAGAAGAGUCAGAUUCACAUCACGAUUGAGAAAGCAUUGGCUCGCUUGCGCUUCGAAGACCGAUCCUUGCCACAAAUCAUUCGCAUGAAGGAACUGCUGUCGCGUGGUAUCGCUGUGCAUCAUGGAGGACUAUUGCCCAUUGUCAAGGAAAUGGUCGAAAUUCUGUUUUCACGCACUCUGGUGAAAGUCUUGUUUGCGACAGAAACGUUUGCCAUGGGUGUCAACAUGCCUGCCAAGUCUGUCGUCUUUUCCGGUGUUCGGAAGCAUGAUGGUCAUGGUUUCCGCGACUUGACGCCUGGAGAAUACACACAAAUGGCCGGCCGUGCCGGUCGUCGAGGCCUUGACCCAACAGGUACAGUCAUCAUUGCUUGUGGCGAUGAAGCGCCUGAUCAGUCGACCCUGUCAACCAUGCUUCUUGGUCAGCCCUUUAAGCUUUCGAGUCAAUUCAGGUUGACGUACAACAUGAUCUUGAAUCUUUUGCGUGUAGAGACUUUGCAGAUUGAAGAAAUGAUUCGGAGGUCCUUCAGUGAGAAUGCUAGUCAGACGCUUCUCCCUGAGCAGCAACGCCUGGUGGAGGCUUCUCAAAAGAAGUUGACACUCUUGCAAAGCGAAAGAGGCGAACAAAUCAAACCUGCGGUUCGCAAAUUGCAUGAUGCCUGCAUCCGCUUUCAAGAACUGCAAAGUAAGCUGUUUCCGCUGGCCUAUCAACAUGCUGGUCGACGAUACUUUGGCGCUGGUCGCGUGAUUGUCGUUCAGACGGCUGACGCACCUCGCACGUUGGCUGUUCUCGUUGGCGAAGCCUCUACCUCAACCCCAAGAGAGCGUACAUUUACUGUUCUGCUCGCUAAAAAAACGGGCGGCAAGCGGGAAAGCGACUUGCUUCCAUUUGUGCCUGUGCUCCGACAUGCUAUGCACAAGUUAACUGUUGAAGGUUUGCAGCUUGACAUUGUUCCCAUGUCUGCCAUCAACUGGAUGACAAAGACAGUCCUGAAGUUAGAUCCUAUGGCUAUAAGACAGCGGAUCAAAUCCGCUUGGGAUGCUGCACAGGAACAGAUGAUCGGCAUGAGUGACAUGCAAGAUCCAGCGCUGGAUGCAAUGGAUAUGACCAAGAUUCGCGAUUUGAACUUUGGCGAACAGCUCAAGGCACUGGAAGCCUUGCGUUUCGAGAUUGAGACAAGCCAAGCAUUGCAAGAAGAAGACCUUGUGAAGCAAUAUCGGUUCUGCCAGGAAGAGUACAUGCUCAAUCAACAGAUUCUUUUGCUCAAGUCCAACUUGUCAAAUCAAAAUCUCGAACUCCUGCCGGACUAUGAGCAGCGGGUCAUGGUCCUGCAGGAUCUAGGCUUUAUUGAUGCUACGCAUGCUGUUCAAUUGAAAGGCCGUGUCGCAUGCGAAAUCAACUCUGCACAUGAACUCAUCCUCACUGAGCUGAUCCUCGACAAUGCUCUUGCCGAGUUUGAAUGCGAAGAGAUUGUAGCCCUGCUUUCUGCUUUCGUGUUUGAAGAGCGCACUGAUAAUGAGCCAAACCUUACGCCUCACCUACAACAAGGCAAAGACAUGGUCAUCGCCAUGGCUAGGCGGGUGAACGAAGUGCAAGAACAUCAUCAAGUCUUGACAGCUGGUUCCGGUGAUAACUUUGAAGAUAGCCCACGCUUUGGGCUUAUGGAAGUCUGCUACGAAUGGGCACGAGGACUUUCUUUUGGUCAGAUUACUGAAUUGACGGAUGUGCUCGAGGGGACGAUCGUUCGUUGCAUUGUUCGCCUAGACGAGGUGCUCAGAGAGUGCCAGAGUGCAGCAAAGACGGUUGGUGAUGCGGCCAUGUACACGAAGCUAGAGACUUGCAGGGAGCUCAUCAAGAGGGACGUUGUCUUUUCUGCCUCGCUGUUCUGGUGA